AUUAGUGCUCGAUUAUACAAGCACUUCCCGUUGAACCACAUAAAUUAUUAGUCAGCUGCUGAUUAUUAAAGCGAAGUUUUCGAUUUCUACGUAAAUGUCCUGUAUUAAUCAUUACUGUAGCUAUUCAGUCAGACCUGUAUUUACUGUCUCCAAAAUACGAUGUCAUGGUGUGUGCUUGGUCGCAGCUGGAUGUACGAGAAGAAGGAUAUAGUGGGAAAAGGUCGCUUUGGUUUUCUUUACAUGGCCAAGGUGUGUAAUGAUGAGAACAGCACAGCUAGCUUGGUUGUUAAGGAAAUACAUCUUCCCGACAGCUGGCAUCCACCCAACGACACUCUCAAGUGGCAAAAUCUCCUGGACUUAGCGCAUCCUAAUAUUGUGCGCUAUCACAAAGUGACAUGUUAUGAAAAUCCAUCAAAAAUCGGAAUUCUUGAGCUCCUGAUGGACUAUAUACCCGACGGGGAUCUUUCCAACUUUGUCAGUACUACCAUCAAGACUACAAAUCGACUGCCGCUGGUGAAACUGGUCGAGUUCGGCAAUCAAAUCGCUUGUGGCCUAUUAUUUCUGCAUGAUCGAAAUAUUGUGCACUCUGAUUUGAAGCCGGCCCAUAUACUGCUGCGAAGGCAACUGCCUCCAUGGGGCUAUCAGCUUUACAUUAGCGGUUUGGAGCUAGGUAUUCUGAUGCAACAGGACGUAACCAAUAUUCCGGUUGGGCAUCUUCGCGGAUCGCCUCGUUUCAUGUCACCGGAAACAGUACAAGCGUGCGUACAUGGCAAAAAUAGUAAGGAUACUCCCGGGAAAGAAAGCGAUAUAUGGAGUCUUGGCUGUAUUAUGCUGACCUUAUUCGACUGUCAUACGGGGAAAACAGAAAACCUGUUUUACCACGAGAGUACCAAUGAGUUUUUGGUGCUGAAAGAAAACAACGAUCCAGCGGUGUUGUGGCAUGCCGCCCAAGGGUUUUUACCUGCCGUUCGUGAUGUCCCUUACGAUUUGGCUGAGAUCAUAAAGGGUUGCCUCAUUGUGGAUAGACAGUUGAGAUUCACAGCCGUACAUUGUGUCAACGCCUUGACGCAGUACCGGGAGAAGAAGCAAACAAUAUUGCCAAAAGAAUUCAUACCGCUAUCGUCAUCAGAGCAUGAAAAAUUAAUAAGCUGCGAAGACGUUCGUGGAUCAACAGACACAACAGUAGCUGUAGCAGAACCUAACAAGAAUACUCACGAAGGAGCAUUCGCCACCUGGCGGAGAGUCAUCAAUGAAAAUGUAUACUGCGUGAAGGCAACCGUGAUUGCUAUUGCGGCUACCGGUUUCGUCAUGAUUUUGCUAGUAGUAUGGCUCCACAGCACGACGUAUUAUCAUUUCACCAGCAUAUUACCAAGUACGUUAGUCGGAUUCCUUUGCAUUGCCGUACUGCUAUCCCUGGCUUUCAUUGUCAACUGGAACACGGAUAGUACCAAAUCAGGGUAACCACCUUCCCUGAAUCGAUCUACUGAUUUUCGACAGAAUCAAGACCGAGUUUAUCCCAUUUCACCUCUAAUACGCAGUUUGAUUCAGAGUUCUGCUAUUUUGAUCAUACAACACGGAAUUGGUUAAUUUCAAUCCAUUUCCACUCUAUUCUCAAGGGACAUAGUUUUUAAGAACAUUCCUGACUGCUAAUUUUUGCAAUAAAGCUCAAUUAGUCUUGUGAAAUAAGGCUACUAUCAACCAGAUAAAUUGGCUGUUAUCAAAGUCUAAGUGAUUUGCCGUAUUUCAUUGCUCUAAGGAUGAAUA